UCUCUCUCUCUCUCUCUCUUAUAUAUAUAUAAUUCGCGCUUAGCUUUUGAAGAUGCCGUGUGGUGGCUGGGCAACAGUUCUCCUCCGUUUCCGUCUAAUCCUUUCCUUUCCAUCCCAACCUCUCCUUUAUCUCCCCCUCCCUUUCCAUCUCCUCUCUCUCCUCCUCCUCCGCUCCCGAAGCCCCUUUUACACCGUGGUGGGUUCGCCACCCCUCGACCGGCGCCUCCAAUGGCUUCCUCCAAUUCCCGACAUUCUCGCUCUUGCAAUCACGGACAUGCAACUGGAUCACACAAUGAUAAAAGAUCUUGCUUCAUGAAGUGGCUUUGUAAGUUUUUCAAAGGAAGAAGCAUUGGAGAAUCAAAUGGACGACGCCGAACAGUUACCGGGGAUGAAGAUAUGUUAUGGCAUGGACCAAUCAGAUCAAUGUUUUUGCCAGGAUGAUCAAUCUAAAGCUGAGAAUGAAGAACUAGAUCGUGCAAUUGCGCUUUCUCUUGCAGAGGAUGCAAAAAACUCAAAGGGCGCGCGUGAAACUCUUCCGAAUUUAAAUGAGCAGAACGGACAAGGGAAUAUUGAUGAAGAUCUACCGAAAGCUACUCGAGAAAGCUUAAGCAUGCCUCCCAAUAAUCCUUACGCUCCCUAUAAUCCUUAUGCUCCCGUGCAGUUUUUACCAAGAGGGUAUAGAGUUUGCGGUGGUUGUCACUGUGAAAUAGGAUAUGGCCAUUACUUAAGUUGCAUGGGCACCUUUUGGCAUCCCCAGUGCUUUCGUUGUUAUGCUUGCGGUCAUCCUAUCCGUGAGACCGAGUUUACUUUGUUAGGCACUGAUCCUUACCACAAGUCAUGCUAUAAGGAGCUGCAUCACCCAAAAUGUGAUGUCUGCCAUCAAUUUAUUCCAACGAACAGGUCUGGCUUAAUUGAAUACAGAGCUCAUCCAUUUUGGGGCCAGAAGUAUUGUCCUUCACAUGAACAUGACGAUACGCCUCGCUGUUGUAGCUGCGAGAGGAUGGAGUCGAGGAGUUUAAGAUAUAUAUCUUUGGGAGAUGGGCGCAGUUUAUGCCUAGAGUGUCUGGAUUCUGCUGUCAUGGAUACUGGUGACUGUCAACCCCUAUACCAUUCUAUCCGAGAUUAUUAUGAAGGUAUGAACAUGAAAUUAGAUCAGCAGAUUCCUAUGUUAUUGGUUGAAAGGCAAGCUCUAAAUGAAGCCAUGGAAGGAGAGAAAGAUGGUCAUCACCACAUGCCUGAAACAAGGGGCCUAUGCCUUUCUGAGGAGCAGACUGUCAGCAGUAUAUUUAAGAAACCAAAAAUUGGGGCCAAUCGAAUUUUGGACAUGAGAACGCACCCACAGAAGUUAAUUCGGAAAUGUGAAGUCACAGCCAUUCUUGUUCUAUAUGGCCUUCCUAGGCUGUUAACAGGCUCCAUUCUUGCUCAUGAAUUGAUGCACGGGUGGUUACGCCUUAAAGGCUAUCGCAACUUAAGUCCUGAAGUGGAGGAAGGUAUCUGCCAGGUUCUCUCCUACAUGUGGCUUGAAUCUGAGGUGAUGCCGGGAUCAAGAAGCAUGCCAUCCUCAUCAACGUACGCCUCGUCUUCGUCCUCCUCUUCGGGGCCGUCACUCAAGAAAGCAGGGAAAUCUGAUAUUGAGAAGAAACUCGGUGAGUUCUUCAUGCAUCAAAUCGCUAAUGAUACUUCAUCCGCCUAUGGGGAGGGUUUCAGAGCAGCUAAUGCGGCUGUUAAUAAGUACGGGCUACGCAGCACCCUUGAUCAUAUACGCAUAACAGGACACUUUCCUGUGUGAAAAACAAUUCUUUCUGCUGCUUGGAGUAAUGGUACAUUUUGAAAACACUUACUACCCCUUCCAAAGAUGAGAAGUUGCAGAAGAUUGGAACAAUACCCCUUUUAUAUUUCAAGGGGCUCCUGUUACUUGUUACUUUGUCUUUCAAUUAAAAUAACCAGUUCUCUUUGACUGCA